AUGCAUGUUCAAUCAAUUCCCAUGUGGACGGGGAAGGGCAAUAACUAUGCCUACCUCGUUACGGAUGAGCCGACUAAGAAGUCGGUGAUUAUUGACCCUGCCAACCCCCCGGAAGUCGCUCCCGAGUUGAAGUCUCAGAUUAAUGCUGGAAAGAUUGACCUGACAGCAAUUGUCAACACUCACCACCACUGGGAUCAUGCCGGAGGCAACGAGGAAAUGUUGAAGCAAUUCGGUAAGCUUCCGGUCAUCGGAGGCAAGGAAAGCCAGUGCGUUACCAAGACCCCGGCACACGGUGAGGAAUUCAUGAUCGGAGACCGUAUUUCCGUCAAGGCUUUGCAUACCCCAUGCCACACUCAAGACAGCAUCUGCUACUUUAUGCAAGAUGGAGAUCAGCGCAUGGUCUUCACUGGUGAUACCCUGUUCAUUGGCGGCUGUGGCCGUUUCUUCGAGGGCGAUGCCGCAGAGAUGCACAAGGCGUUGAAUGAGACGCUGGCAUCCUUGCCAGAUGACACCAAGGUUUACCCCGGCCACGAAUACACCAAGGCAAAUGUCAAGUUCUGCAUUCAUGUAUCCCAGACGGAGCCGAUCAAGAAGCUUCAGGCUUUCGCCGAGGCCAAUAAGCAGACGCAAGGCAAAUUCACCAUCGGUGAUGAGAAGCUCCACAAUGUCUUCAUGCGCGUUCAUGACCCCGAGAUCCAGAAGUUCACCGGCAAGACCGAACCGGUAGAUGUGAUGGCUGCUCUGAGAGAGAUGAAGAAUUCGAUGUAG